AUGGGCUCAGUGCAAAUAGCGUUGGAUCGAGAACUCCGGAUCUUCACGCCAAUCGGCACGUUGGGCUAUGGCUUCAGCGAAGAAGUAUAUUGGUCAACCAUGGCGGAAGGAGUAGACGCUGUCAUACUAGACAGCGGGUCAACCGAUUCUGGGCCAGCAAAACUUGCUCUCGGGAUUUCAACGGGGACUCGUAAGGCGUACGAACGGGAUCUUGGAAUUUUGGUCGCUGGUUGUCACAUCUACAGAAAGCCACUUCUCAUUGGUUGGUGCUUUCUUUCAUCCAAUCAUCUGCUUGAAAAUGGUCCUAACAUCUACGCAGGUUCGGCCGGGGGAGAUGGCUCUACAAGAGGAGUCGAGUUAUUUAUCGGGAUCAUUCGCGAGAUAAUCGCGGAAAAGGGAUAUAGACCUAUGAAGGUCCUCAGUAUAGAUGCGCAAAUUGACAAAGGUCUCGUCCGAUAUCAACAUUCGAAAGGCCUCGUGAGGCCUUGUGGAAAAGCGGUGCCGGAAUUGCAAGCUCAGGACAUUGACGACGCCUCAAUAAUUGUUGCUCAGAUGGGUAUUGAGCCGUGGCUGAAGGCAAUGUCAGAACAACCAGACUUCGACAUCAUAGUGGGGGGCAGAUCAUACGAUCCUUCCCCCUAUGCAGCAUAUUGUUUAUUCAGAGGAAUCACUAGCGACUUAGCCAUCCCUUAUCACAUGGGUAAGAUCAUGGAAUGCGGAGCACUCUGUGCAGUUCCCAAGAGUAGAGAAGCUCUUGCUAUUGUGCGUCAAGAUAGCUUUGACAUUCGUGCGCUGGAUGAUCAAUCUCGUUGCACUGCUGUCUCGGUAGCUGCCCACACCCUUUAUGAAAAGACUAGACCGGAUAUCUUGACCGGCCCAGGUGGAAAUCUUCAUCUCGAGAAUACCACCUACGAAGAGUUACCCGACCAGAAAACUGUGCGUGUCCGAGGCGCAACUUUUGUGCCCGUCAAACCUGGUGAAUACACAGUUAAGCUUGAGGCCGGACGUAAAAGCGGUUUCCACAGCAUGUUUAUUGGCGGAUUCACUGACGCCAUCCUCAUCAGCCAAAUAGACGAUUUCCUAGCUCGCGGCACAGCAUACGUCAAGGCUAAUCUUCCCUACGAAUUCGAUAUCGACUGGCGAAUUUAUGGCAAAGACGGAACCAGAACCUACGGACAGUUAAAUAGAUCCCCACCGUGGUCUUUUGUGCCACCUGAGAUUGGUAUUUGCUGCCAUGUUCGAGCAAGCACCCAAGAUGAAGCGACCAACGCCGCUCACAUGGCCCGUAUUUUCUGCGCGCAUGGACCUUAUCGAAACCAGCGAGCAACAGCAGGAAAUUUUGCAAUGCCCUUUGCUCCCUUGGAUAUUCCAUUGGGUGCGACCUCGGAUUUCUGCAUUUAUCACACUAUGAUUGUCAAUGAUCCAUCCGAGCAUUUUCCGAUUCAUGUGGCCAAUAUACAUGGAGAAAAUACCGCGCCAACAACUCCACCCGAAGAAGUCGCCGGCAAAAGAUCCUCCGGAUCGCCGACAAAGGGGUUGCUUCAAGGUUCUGAGACCGGAAAGUCGGUCCUCAGUGGCUUGCGAGAACCAGCUCCAGGUCAUGUCUUCUUGGCUGAUCUGGCGGAAGUCAUCCGGAGUAAGAACGCAGGGCCAUAUGAGUUGACAUUCGACGUGAUGUUUCCCAAUGCUCAGAUGGCGAACAAAGUCAAGGACGCAGGUAUACUCACUCCAAGCACUAUUGCAAACCUAUACGAUAUGUCCGAGGACGAUGUGAUCGCUUGCAUGUGGUGGGACCCGGCUUUUGCAUUCAAAGCCACAAUCAAGCGGCCGAUAGUUAGUGGUGGGUUUUUUGAGAGGGAUACCUAUGGAAGCACUCAACACAUGCCCUUGAUGCUUCUUGAAGUACCUGUGGGUUUGAAGAAUGGUUUGAAUGGGGUAAAGAUUUAG